UGUGGAGCAAAGGGGUGGGGAAAGGAAAAAUACAUAAAAAAAAAGUAGAAGAGGCCGCAUCACUGUGGAAGAGAGCGAGAAGAAAAGGUAUGACAAGGAAAUGAAGGAAACCAGACAAGCCUUCUUGGCCGCCUUCGCUGCAAUCCCCAUAGAGAGGAGCAGAAGAAGAUAGAGCGGAGAAGGACGAGGAGCCGUUGAAAGAGGGCAAAGGAAGAGAGAGAUAUUUGGCACGAUUCAUAAAGAGAAGACUCGACCAAAAAUGAUUAACCGAUGUGCAAUCAUGAUUCUAACUAUGUUGGGUACCAUGAAUGAAUUUUUUUUACUUGCUUUGAUUUCGACAUAUCAAUGAUAUUUUCCAGCUUCAUCAUCAACAAGAAGGGAAUUCUUAUUAACCUGUAAGCAAAGAUGGCGGCGGCUUCGUCUUCCUCUCCUUUCUUUGGUAUCAGAGAUGAAGAAAGCCUCAACCACUUAAAGCAACAGCAGAUGCUUCCAGUCCUACCACCAACCUCGUCCAUCCCGUCUUCUUCAUCCAAUCUCCAAGUACCCGCUCCUGUUAAGAAAAAGAGAAACCUCCCUGGAAAUCCAAAUCCAGAUGCGGAGGUGAUAGCUCUAUCUCCUAAGACACUAAUGGCGACAAACAGAUUCAUCUGCGAAGUUUGUAAUAAAGGAUUUCAACGAGAGCAAAACCUUCAGCUUCAUAGGAGAGGACAUAACUUGCCAUGGAAGCUUAAGCAGAAAAGUAAUAAGGAAGUAAGGCGGCGUGUUUAUCUUUGCCCGGAGCCAACUUGUGUUCACCAUGACCCAUCGCGAGCGCUUGGAGACUUAACAGGCAUAAAGAAGCACUUUUGUCGUAAGCACGGUGAGAAGAAGUGGAAGUGCGAUAAAUGUUCAAAGAGAUAUGCAGUCCAGUCUGAUUGGAAGGCUCAUUCUAAGACCUGUGGGACUCGAGAGUAUCGCUGUGACUGUGGAACUCUCUUCUCAAGGCGCGACAGCUUCAUCACCCACAGAGCAUUUUGCGACGCUCUAGCUCAAGAAAGCGCCAGAAUCCCCACCGGCAUUACUAAUAUAUCCAGCCACUUUUACUCUGGCGCCGCCAUCAACCUUGGCUUAUCUCAAGUAAACCCCCACCUCUCCUCCCUCCAUAACCAAACCCAUCCACCUACCUCUGCCACAGGCGGCGCCGCUGACCUCCUCCGCCUUGGCGACCACCUCAUCUCCCCUUCCCAACCUUCCUCCUUCCGCUCCACGCACCCUCCUCCUUCCCCAAGCUUCUUCCUUUCCACCGAUAACUUCCAAAACAAACCUCCCUUUCACACCUUAAUGCAACUUCCCGAUCUACAGCCAAACUCAACCUCUUCUUCGACGCCCAAUCUCUUCAACCAAAGUCCUCACCAUCUACUCAUGAUGCAAGAUCAAUUCCCUUCCAAUAACCCCGAGCCUUCCAAUCUCUACGAUCAAAUGGGCGGUGGAAUGCAAGCUCUCUUCAACACUUCACUACAAAACGAUUCAGUUAAUCUUCCUCAAAUGUCAGCAACAGCUUUGCUUCAGAAGGCAGCUCAGAUGGGCGCUACUUCAAGUAAUAACAGCAUUAAAGGAUUCGGAAGCUCGUCUUCCACGAGGUCUCAUGUAGAAAACGAGAAUCAUUUGCAAGAUAUAAUGAACUCCUUUGCUAAUGGAAACUCCGGAAUAUUUAGUCGACGUGGGGACCAAGAAGCUAAGUUUGGUGACUAUAAUGCUGGUUUUUGUCAUAUAGAUGAAGGGAGUUAUCACAAUAAUGGCUUGACUAGAGAUUUUCUCGGAGUUGGAAACUUGUUAAGGAGUAUGGGAGGAGGAAUUUCUUCUCAAAGAGAGCAGCAGCAUCAUGGCGCUAUUGAUAUUUCUGGAUCUUUGGAUAGUGAGAUGAAGCCAGCUUCGUCAACCCGAUCGUUUGCUAGUGGUACUCUUCGGUAAGAAGAGAAGUUAGAGUAAUGGGAAUAAGAGAAAGAAAGUAAAAGAAGUGGAAGAAUCAAAUGAAUAUCAUCUGUAGUAGUAAUGUUUUACGCUUUGUUUGUAAGAGAACUUCUAUAUUUUGUUGUAUUGCUGCUGUUCUUAAAUUUAUUGCUGUUGUAGGAUCGAUCUUGUUACUUCAUAUUUCUUCUACAGAGACUAAUUUCUCAUAUAUAAUUACUAUUCUGUUUUUUCUC